UUCUUCUCUUCCGUUCUACGCCCUUGAUUUGAGAACUUGAAAUUGACAUUCAUAAGUGUACAUUGUGUUACCUAUAUGAAUAAGUGAUUUUUGACUAUGACUUUGACGAGUCGCGAAGGAUAUAAAACAGUAGAACAAGUGUUAGAGGAGGCCUUUGCCAAGCGUCACACCAAACUCGGAGAUAUACUGUCGUAAAAAUAUAUUAAAUAUAACAGAUCACCGAGUUUCGGAACAUAUAGGCUAAUAAAGUUAAUUAUGUGCUUCCUACUUUUUUCGUGUAUUACCCGCUACACGGAUUAUGAUAUUAUGCACAGGAAAAUAAUAGGCAUAAAAUAAUAAAUUUUAAAAUACACUAUACAAUUAAACUAUUUGGAAAACAUUGUUUACGAAUAACACGCUGUGACGCAAAACAAGUCAAAGUCGACUCUCAAACAGGUAUUCACAACAUUAAAAUCAUACCUAUCGCUUACACGUGUUAUUAAUUUUAUCAGUAAGCGGAUGGAUAUAUCGCUUAACAUAAUAUAAUAUUUGAAGAGACGUGAAAAAUGGUCGAAGUUACAAUAGAGCAGGGAAAAUUGGAGGGAGUCAAAGUGAAAACUGUCACAGGCGACUGCGAAUAUUACAGUUUUAAGGGGAUUCCAUAUGGAGAGCCUCCAAUUGGAAAAUUAAGGUUUUUGGAAGCCCAACCUAUAAAAUCAUGGACUGGAACCAGAAAAGCCACAGAACACGGACCGAUUUGUCCACAAUUUGACAUUUUUGCAAAUGAGAAAAAAGCUGGGAAUGAAGAUUGUCUUUAUCUCAACGUUUACUCGCCAGAUAUUUCACCAAAGACUCCUCUUCCCGUGAUGGUAUUUAUACAUGGAGGGGGAUUAAAAUGUGGUUCAGGAAACGACGACCACUAUGGAGCCGACUUUCUAGUUAGUCACGGUGUUAUCUUAGUAACCAUAAACUAUAGAUUGGAUGUCUUUGGUUUUCUAUGCCUGGAUACAAAAAAGGUUCCUGGAAAUGCUGGAUUUAAAGAUCAAGUCUUAGCAUUAAAAUGGGUUAAACAGAAUAUUGGGACAUUUGGAGGGGAUCCCAAUAACAUCACACUUUUCGGUGAAAGUGCUGGUGGACUUUCCACUUCUUUACAUGUUCUGUCUCCGCUAUCUAAAGGUCUCUUUCAAAGAGCUAUCGUAAUGAGUGGUUCUCCAUUUUGUGAGUGGGGCCUAUCAUUUGAACCAAGAAGAAGAGCAUUUGUGCUUGGCAAACAAUUGGGAUUUGAGACCGAAGAUCCAGAUAAACUAUUAGAGUUUCUUCAAAGUGUUCCAGUUGAAGGUUUGGAAAACACAACCCCAUUCAUCCUAAUAUCUGAACAACAAAGCGACUAUACUAAAUUCUAUCACUUUACUGCAGUUGUGGAAAAGCAAUUAGGUCAAGCGGCAUUUAUAUCUAAAGACCCAGAAGAAAUUCUUAAAAGUGGGAAGUUCAAUGAUAUAGACGUUAUAAUAGGAUACACUAGCAACGAGAUGAUAAUUACCUUAAUAGACCCAAAUAUUAUACCCAAAUAUAAAUUGUAUGAUGAACUGUACUUACCUCGAAAAAUUUUGUACAAUUCUACGCCGUCGAAAAUCUUGCAGAUCGCCGAUAAAAUUAAAAAGCACUACGGUAUACCGAACGCUGAAGGAAACAUGCUAGUUCAGAGGACUGUUAAAUUUUUGUCGGAAUCGAUUAUGACAUAUCAUAUUCAGAAAUUAUUGACACUGUUGGCUAAUUCAAGGAGAAUUAAAACAUAUUUUUAUCAAUUUUCGUCGCAAUCCGAGAGAAAUGUCAUUGGAAAUCUGGGCAAGAAAUUUGGAAUUGCAGGCACAUCUCAUAUUGACGAUCUGAUGUAUUUAUUUAACACAAAUAUAUACAAAAAUCCUUUAAUCAAAGGAACUAAAAGCUACAAUAUGACUCAUCAGUUCUGUACCUUAUUUACGAACUUCGCUAAAUAUGGAAAUCCCACACCUGACGGCUCGAUGGGUGUUACAUGGCCCGAAUACGACACGAAAAAUAAGGGUUACUUGGAUAUCGAUGAGGAACUGUCAUGUGGUACAGCUCUUCACGAAGAUGUUAUUCAAUUUUGGCAAGAAAUAUAUACCUUAGCUGGGGUUCCUUAUUAAUGGAUUAUUACGGUUUCAACUUUAUUCGCGUGACAUUAGAUUGGCUCUCUUAGAUAGAUAGAAAAUAUGAAAAUGUAGGAUAAGGAUGCUUAGGAACGCUUUAAUCACAAUAUACAUAAAAACGUUAUUUUUAUAUAUAAUAGGGGUGCAUCAGUCAUCGCAGCACAUAGACACCCAUUUUUAGUUGGUGCGUUGCUGGCCUUUAAAAAUGUUGACUUGUUUCCAGUUACAAAGUGCGUCACAACAAACACAAAUUAAAACUAAUGUUUAAUACUGAUAUUAGAUCAUCAUGAUUGUACUAUUGAUUGUAUUUUGGACAGUACUAAAACUUCAAGUACUCUGUAAAUUAAAAGCAUUUAUUCAAUUACCAAAAUGUACAACAUUUAAUUUAUGCUUACAGUAUAUAUAAACGCCAAAUUUUAACAAAAUAAUAUCAAAGUUAGAUUUAAAGCGAUAUUAAAGGCUGUAGAUGUCACACCAAAGGAUUGAAUCGACUUAGAAUGAACAUACUAAGAUGUAAUCGGUAAUGGGCACCUGAAUUUAAAAUAAAACAUUGUCGGGUA